UCAAAUUUUGAACGGACCUAAGAACAAUGAAAAAAAAUCUAAAUUCGUCAGAGUGUUCUGGAGAACCUGCUCAGGAGGCUGUUGUUGCUUCUGUGAUGUCUGUGGAUGCUGUGGGAGGCGGUGAAAAGAAAGUUGUAAAAGUUGAAUGAAUCUCUUAAACACCUUUACGCAACUUUGAUCAAUGGAGGAAAAUGGGAAAAUAAUAACUUCAGUAAUUAAGGCAUAUCUCCUCAU